AUGUCCAUGAACCUUGAAAUUUUCAGCGAAGCGGCUAUGCUUGGUUGCGGUUUUUCCAGUGCAUUAUCAUCAUUGCAAGCUAUCUCUGGACUGAAUAUGUAUAACACGAUGUUAUUGGCCUUGCUGGCUUUUGGAGUCUUACCAGUGUUAUGUGGAGUGGAGCGGAGUGGAGUGGAGUACGGUAAACCUAUUCAAGAUGUUCAGUGCUCGUUCCUGUUAAUUACUUCCUUUCUUUUGUUUGAUCUUAGCAAAACACUUCUUGACAGCAGACGAGGAGGAAACGCCUUGAAAAUAGCAUCUUUCAAUGUUCAAAUAUUUGGAGCAAAGAAAAUGGAAAACCAGAUGGUUAAAGACGUUUUAAUUAAGGUUAUUUUGAGGUAUGAUAUCAUAUUGAUCCAGGAAAUUCGUUCCAUUGACGACCAACCAAUCAACGAGCUACUAGCGAGUGUUAACAGGUUUUCGUCUCCACCUGGCAUCUACAAGAUGGCGUUGAGUGUCAGGCUGGGCAGGACAGCUAGUAAGGAACAGUAUGCAUACUUCUACAGGAAAGACAAGAUGACUCUUCAAGAUAACUAUGUCUUUGAUGAUGGUGACGAAAGCACAAACAUGGAUAAAUUCCAACGUGAGCCAUUCAUUGUGCGCUUCAAGGCACACAGCACGUAUGUUACGAACUUUGCAAUGGCCGCCAUGCACACAUCUCCAUCACAAGCAGUCUCCGAAAUCGAUCGUCUGGUUGACGUUUAUGACGACAUUGUACAACGAUGGAACUUGAAUGACGUCAUCAUCAUAGGUGACUUCAACGCCGGCUGCAGUUACGUAACCAAGUCCGCAUGGAAGGGGAUAAGACUCGCAAAGGACAGACGAUUUUAUUGGCUGUUUUCUGAUCAACUGGAUACCACCGUGUCAAAUUCUGAUUGCCCGUAUGACAGGAUGGUGGUCGCCGGGCACAAUAUGACAAGAGGGAUUUUCGCUGACAGCGCAAAUGUGUUUCGUUAUGACGCCGCUAAUGGACUUAAUCAAGAACAGGCUAAGGAUGUGAGCGAUCAUUGGCCUAUUGAAAUAAAAUGAAAGAGUCUAGUAACUCAUAAAUAUGAAGAAAAGUUCUUUCAAGAGACGAUCACAAUCACCAUCAAGGAUGAACGCAUUCAGCCGGUGUCCAAAUAUAAAAUUUUCUCAGUGCGCUCUGCUAGGAAAAACCCUUUUCUGUCAAACGGUUUCUCGUUGAAGACUACCUAUACAGAAACUGGCAAAAUUGACGAAAUAAUCCUUGGAAAAGUAACCAGUUCAACUGAAGUGGCAGUUGGUGCCAUUGAGAGUUUUCGCAGGUAUUAUCCAACAUUAGUUUCAGCAUCUCAGGUGGCUGUGAGCAGAAGAAAAAUCUUCAAGAUAGCACAUUCUCAACCCGGCAGUUGUGUUGCGCAAGAAUGCGCGGAGACUGCGUACCAGAUGCUUUCCGAUAGUUGUAAUGAUCUUAAGGCUCCAAUGAUUAGCGGAGUUCAGCUCGUCUGUAGCGCAUCACUCUGCUCGUGUAAAAUAAAUAUAAUAGCGACUUAACAACAGAGUCUUCUUCUAAGAAGUGAUUUCCAUUGUCAAGUAAUUUUUCGUGUACGCGCACACACUCAAGACUGAGACUCGUGACGCAAUCUUUCCUCCCUACAAAGGAGGACACGGUAGGGUCAGUAGCCUGUUUCACAACCGCCUUCCCUGAAAUGAUUUUGUUCUCUCGGGGAGGGCGGCUGUAACACAAGCUAGAGGAAAGAAGUAUUACGGGUUGCGAGGUUAACACGCACGUGAAUUUUUAAGUUCGAGCUGAAUGGGUUACAUUAAUGUAUAGAUAACGCCUAAAACUCGGCGUGUGUCCAAUAAAGGAAAGUCUUCCACGGUAUCCUACUACUCCGUCUAUUUAUGUUUUACUUUUCUAUUUUAUGUCCAUGCAU